CUCGCCGCGGCCGGAGGAGCGCGCAGGCGGCGGCUGGCAGCCCCGGCGGGCUCGGGGGCGCGCAGCCCGGCGGAGCGGUGCGGGCUCCGGCCGCCCCCCCCCACACCGCGGCUGGGGCAGCGGGCGCGGCGGUGUUGGAGGCUUGCUUGCCGGUGGCCACGUGCUGACGCCAUGGCGCUGAGGCUCCCGGGAACAGGGUCACUCUCUCUCGUUAACCUCGGAGUCCUAGUCCUGGUUUUGGCUCUCCCUGCUGAUGCUGGGCUUUCUCAGAAGCACGUUUCAGACGUUGUGGAUGACAGCAAAGAUAACAUCACCAUUUUUACCCGCAUCCUGGACAGGCUGUUGGAUGGAUACGAUAACCGCCUGAGACCUGGACUUGGAGAUAGCGUAACUGAAGUCAAGACAGACAUUUACGUGACGAGUUUCGGCCCUGUCUCGGACACGGAUAUGGAAUACACUAUUGACGUCUUUUUCCGGCAAUCUUGGAGAGACGAAAGGCUGAAGUUUGAUGGUCCCAUGAAAAUACUUCCCCUGAACAACCUGCUGGCCAGUAAGAUCUGGACUCCUGAUACCUUCUUCCACAACGGGAAGAAAUCUGUCGCCCAUAACAUGACAACACCCAACAAGCUGCUGCGCCUGGUGGACAAUGGCACCCUCCUGUACACCAUGAGGCUAACGAUUCAUGCAGAGUGCCCCAUGCACCUGGAGGACUUCCCAAUGGAUGUGCAUGCUUGCCCGCUGAAAUUCGGGAGCUAUGCCUACACUAAGACGGAGGUGAUCUACACCUGGACACUGGGGAAGGAUAAAUCAGUGGAAGUCGCGAAGGGUGGUUCUCGCCUGAACCAGUAUGACCUGCUGGGCCACGUUGUUGGGACAGAGAUGGUUCGAUCCAGCACAGGAGAGUAUGUCGUCAUGACCACACACUUCCACCUCAAGAGGAAGAUCGGGUACUUUGUGAUCCAGACCUACCUACCCUGCAUUAUGACGGUCAUCCUGUCCCAGGUCUCCUUCUGGCUUAACAGGGAGUCUGUUCCUGCCCGAACGGUUUUUGGUGUCACCACCGUCCUCACCAUGACUACACUAAGCAUCAGCGCAAGAAACUCGUUACCUAAAGUGGCGUACGCGACGGCCAUGGACUGGUUCAUAGCCGUCUGUUAUGCCUUUGUGUUUUCUGCGCUGAUCGAAUUUGCCACUGUCAACUACUUCACCAAGCGCAGCUGGGCUUGGGAUGGCAAGAAGGUGCUGGAGGCCCAAGAGAUGAAGAAAAAAGAGCCAGUGGCACUAGCGAAGAAAACCAACAACACCUACAACAUUGUUGGCACCACAUAUGCCCUCAACAUUGCCAAGGACCCUGGCCUGCCCACCAUCUCCAAGAGUGCUGCUGCCACUGCUACUGCCACCAACGUACCCCCCAAGAUGCCCCGCAUAGAGGAGAAGCUCCCAGAGAGUAAGAAGACAUACAACAGCGUCAGCAAGGUAGACAAGAUGUCCCGCAUCGUCUUUCCAGUCCUCUUUGCCAUUUUCAACUUAGUCUACUGGGCCACAUACGUAAACCGGGAGUCAGCUAUCAAGGGAAUGAUCCCCAAACAAUAAAACCGGUCACACAAACCUUCCAUCAGUGAGCACCAUCCAGGCAGGAAUUCUCCAGGGCUUUCUUCUUUCCCGUUUUGUUUGAUUAUUACUGUUCAUUUGAUAUUACUAUUCUUACUAUUAGAUUGUUAUUUUAUAAUGUAAACAAAACUGUGAUUUUAAUUUAAUCCCGUAUACUUUAGUUUUAUUUUACUUUGUCUCUGAUGAUGAAAGGAAAAGAAAAAAAAGAAGGAUCAUAACAAGUUGUGCCUCUAACAUCGUGAGUCUGAUGUCCACCAUCUGUCCGAGUCACCCUGUGCUUCCAUCUCUCCUCCUCCACCUCCUGCCGUUCCCACGGUCUGCAUGCUACUGCCAUUCCACGCUCCGCUCUGCUGGGGGCUGCUGCUGCAGUCCGCCCCCCCUCCUCCUCUUCUGCGAUGGGCUGCCCUAGCAUGGUGGAUGCUCCUGGUGGCCUGGGCUCAAGGAUGUGGAGGUCUCCCGAGUCGGUCAGUCAGUCAGUCAGCCAGGCUGCUCUUCAGUGCCUGGCGCUUUGUGCGAGGUGGUGCUCCCCGGGCUGUGGGUGCAGGUGAGCUGGUCCAUUGAGGGAGCAGUGUGGCAUGGGCCAGCUUGUAGCCCAAUGCCUGCUGGGGGCAAACCCACCACUGCUGUGACCAAUGGAGCCAUUGCAGGGGUGGAACAGGGUGGCAGCUUCUUAUGGGUAUCUACAGGGCUUCUUCCUCUCUGUCUUCACCAAACCCAGCUACUGGUUUCCUCCACCUCUCCCUAGACAAUAACAGGUGAGAAAGGUCUUGUCUGUCUGCCGUCCUGCACUCUUGGGGCAGCUAAUGGUAGAAGAUGGGGUGGUUCCUACCAGAGAAAUAAUUUUUCUCAGGGUUAGCCAGGAAGUCAAGACAGGAGCUUUAUAAUGCCUUGGAGGAGAAUAGUAGCUGUGGGGCCGCAUGCAUUCAGCAUCAGGACUGGAAGCCAUAGAGUUCGUGUUCAGAUGGGUGGUUUAUCACUUUCUCUUAGCCCCAUCCCCUUACUCUUCUCUGUCCCAGCACCUUCUUCCAGCUCCCCAUUCAUCUUGCUUGGGCUGCUCAGCAGCCCUCAGUACUAUCUCACUGCUGGUGGGUGGGUUUAGGCAGAGAAGCCCCUACCUUUCAGGUGAGCCACACUGAUGGGGAGGAGCACAGCCCGGGGAAAUCCAGCUCACGGCACAUCCCUGCGCUGGUGCACCAGAGCAGCAGGGAUGUUGGUGCAGGCUGUUUCCUGUGGGACACACCAGGGGACACUCUGCCACCUGUGGGGAUGAGUUGGGGACAGUCAGUCCCCAAGUAUCUCCCUCCCCCUGGUGAUCAGAUGCAGCUGAACAUCCUCAGCACCAUGGGAGAACAGCAGAAAGGGCUCUUUGAAACAGCAGGGUGAUACUGCUGUCCCAGAGAACUAUGUAAGCCAGCUGCCAUCCCACAAAGCCAUUGAGAUAAGACCCAACUCUAACUCCUGCAUGCUCUUCCAAGGAAUGCCCUCCAGUGCCUUGGAGAGAGGCGCUUUCUCCCUUCCUGGCCACCACAGUCAAGGACCCAAACCAGUGGUUAUCCCCUUCCCAGCAGCAGCACAAGACGGUGGCAUCCAAAGCCAUCUGUCCCCACCUCCCUGGUGCCCAGGCCCAUGGACACACUGUCCUGCUACAAGGAAGGACAUCCUGUGCCUGGUGAGUUCUUGUCCCCAGCCUGUGGGCAGCACUGAUCCUGCCAGCAGCCCUGCUCCCAGGGCAGGAGGCACCCCCUCUUUCCUGGGUCUCCCUCUGACCCUCCGGCUGCCCCCAUCCCGAGCUGCCCCUGGCACCUUUCGGGUGCAUGCAGCCAGGCUGAGGCCCCAGCACCCCCAAGGUGAUGUCUUCAGCAUCGCUUUGAGCCACUGUGCCAUGCUUAUCUUCCCCCUGCCUGUGCAGGGACGGGGCUGAGCACAAGGCGCAGGAUUUGCCCCACCUGGAAUAUCCAUGGGGACGGCAGGACGGAGCGGUGAAGACCGGGGCAUUUAGUCCUGCAGCGUGGGUGGCAUUGGUGCGUGUCCUGCCCGUCCCUCACCAAUCUUGCUGGCUCAACAGCGGUGCAGUCGCUCCCCCUGCCUACAGCUGCGGUGAGGAGAGGAGCUCGGAGAUCUUUGGCUCAGCCCCGAGUGCGUUUGGUCCACAGGCACAUCCACACCAGCAGGCAGCAUCGGGCAAGAGGUGGCAACCUCCCCCUGAGCUGAUGCUAAGGAAACCAGCUCUCUCCCCAUCCUCCCCCCCGCACCCCCCCGGCAUCCUCACCCCAAACCGCCCGUGACAUUUCUGCAGUGCCUUUCAUCCCCGAGGGCUCCCCGCUGGGUGGCGAGGAGGGGAAAGCCCGGGAGCUUUCCCGCUUUGCACCCAGCAUCGUGUUGGAGGAGCAGAGGGAGGGUGCACCGUCCCCAGCCCUUCUGCCGGACAGGGAGGGGGGGGACAUGCUGGCACUGCUGCUGCCGCCACCCGGCUCCGACAGCCAUACCGCCCCAGCGCUGCCCCACCGCGGCACCGUCCCCUCCCCACCGAGACCCCCUGCGCUCCCUCCACGCCAGCACCGUCCCCUCCAGCAGCGAGUGCCAUUGCUGCCACCCUUCUGCUCCCCGGGCUUUCCAGCGGGACGUGCUACGCUAACCAGCCAUGAGGCUGUUUGUUUUGGAAACUACUUGGAUGUCAUUUUCUUAAAUAAGCUAGAUGAAGUGUAUCUCAUCAAACAUUCAUGUCACUAUAAUACUCAGGCCUAAGUGAAUGGAACAGAAACCCUAUAAAAAGCAAAACAAACACAAUAAAAUGGUAACAAAGAGUAUAUUGUGUUUACUAACGGAAUUACAUCAAAGGCAAGUUUAAAUACGGGAUCUGGUGACUUAGCUGACUUGAGCUGGCCCUGGCACGGGGGUGGUGUCCGCUAGCCUGGGCAUUCCCCAAAAAUCUUCUCUAACCCGAGGGCCACGUCCUACUGCGCGUCGCCUUCCUAUGUGUUCCUGUGUCUGUUGGUGCCUGCUUCGUAGAGCUCUCUGUAAAUUGUCAGGUCUUGCCGUCGGCGUCUCAGCAGCCCGAGCACCCGCGGGCGCUGCCUCUGCUGCCCACGCGGGGCCACGCAGGCUCAGGGCGACAGGGUGAUGCUCGAGGUGCUGGGGCUGGACCUCUCUGCGGUGCCGGGCACAGCAUCGGGGCAGCCCCCGGGCCUCCUCCCUUCCUGCGGGUGAUCCCGUCUCUCUCGCCGAACUGUCGGGGUGAAUCUCCCGCCUGUCUCUUCCCCCAGUCCUUCCCUCCCUGGGACGCUGAGACUCUCGUCCCUCCCCCGGACACAGCCCACCGAGCUGGCUUGCCGGUGACAUCCGUCUGCUGGCUCAUCUUUUGCUCUUCCUGACUCCAAAAAUUUUUCUCUCUGCCUGAUAAAAGGCUGCCUUCCUGGAUCAGCGUUCGCACGCCUUGAAAGCCAAGUCUAUUCCUACCAAAGCCUGGCACUGGCUCCGAGUCUUUUUGCCAGCUGGAAGCAGAAAUACCGGCAUCCUUUGGUUAAAGACAACAAACCAAACAGGAUUUGUAGUUUGGCUUCCAAGCAAGGAAGCAUUUCGGGAAGAUAGUUAUAAAUAAGUGGUUUAACAUCUCCUGCCAGCAGACAUCACAGAGAAGAUAAUGUUCUUUUUUUUAAAAUCUGUCAGCGGCUCAAAUUGGGACGUUUCCUUCCCAGCUAACGUGAGGCUGCUGAUGGGGGCUCCGUCUAAGGGCGCGCUGGGCCAGAGCUAACCUAGCGUCAGUUCUGGGGUUUGCUGUGAUAGUAUCUAAGGGCUCCGUUUUUAUAACUGGUCCUGUGUCUGUACGUGGCCAUUGAUAGUCUCAUCCACAGUUGUGCACAGAGCAGGCACUUCAUUUCGCUGUGACCCUCAGUACGCCCAUAUUUCUUUUCUUCUGGCAAGGCCCAAAGCCUCCUUGAGGCUUUGACUUGAUGAGAGUCUCCCGGGCAGGAAUGAGAAGUCUUUGAGGGUGAUACAAAUGACCUGUUCACACUGCACUCCUGUUUUGUACCUUGCACCACCUGGGACGCGCAGAGUGCGGUCCAAGCCUGCAGUCGCGUUCCCUCUGAAAAGGUCAGAGGGAAGUUUUGGCGCUGGCAGCUUGUCUCUUCCCUCCUCUGAAACCGCACACAGGGCAAAAGCAGCGCAGCUUUCGGGAGCUCCGCACCCCGGGGAGACGGGGGAUGGUUCGGCUGAGGUCCUGCACGCGGGCAGGGCAGGCAGCCGUGGUGGCUGCAAGCACUGUGUUAGUGCUGUGCCAUCUCUGCCGGGUGACGUGAGAGGGGUGGAGGAGAAGUGGUCCCUCAGUGGUACCCGUUCUUCUAAAGGGCUGGUGGAGUUACCCCCAUACAACGUCUCGAAAGCUUCUUGGACAUCACCGAGCAGGACUGUGACACCCGAGACAGAGCUUCCUGGUUCUCAUCUGUGCACGGAGCUCAACAUAAGCAAAGCUGGCUUCACCACCCCCUAGGUUUUACAGACAAGUGCUGUGGCCAACACAGCUCACCCCUGUCCUCGUCCGUGCCAGCUCGGUGGCACUGGCAGGGUUCUAGUUCCUUUGCUGUAGGACAUCCCCUGUGCAAGCAGCCCCCAUGCUUGCUGUUCCCAGACACAAGCCACGCAUGCAAACACGGUCACGAGCAGCCUAUUUCUGCAAGCCUAUCCUAUGGACACAAGGUGCAUUCAUUUCUCAUCUGCUGCCUUGGUUUCUUCUGUCCAUAUCUAGGCUUCCUUUCAGCCGUCCCUUGGGGAGGAUUGUAGGGCUGCAUCACAUACCAGGAAGGGGUUUCUCUUGCUGCAGAUCACCUCGCAUGGGAAGACCCUGUGUUCUGCUAAGAACCUCUCUCAGACCUUCAGAAACCUGGAGCUGUUGCCUCUCCUGAAGGGUGCUGUAGAAACGGCCUCUUUGCAGUGCUCCGUGCAGUAGCUGGAGGAACAGAGCAGUUAAACACCCAUUGCUGUUAAACGAAGGAUCGCAGUCAAAGGCAAGCGGCUGUUGAGGAGAGGUACCGCGCUCUCCCAGGUUGCCAGGGCAAGCCAUGAGCAGGAGAGGACCAUGCAGCUCCCAACGGCCUCACCUGGGGAGUGGUUUGGCAGGGAUGUGCUAGUGCCCCUCUUCCACGUGCUUGGUCCUGGGGGUGGUGGAGAGCCAGCGUGGGGCUGUGGGACUGGACCAUCACAGCACGCAGCAUCAGGCCAGCCCUCCUCACUCCAGGCCCUGCUCCCCAAAUUGUAUGCCUCUCUGGGACCACACUUUAACCCACACCACCAAAUAUCUCUGUGGAUUUUGCAGACUGGAGAGAAACAACAUUGCCCUGGCUCCUUGGUGGCCGUUGGGGGUGGGGAGGGCUCAGCCAGGGUGAGGGGCACGUUCAUGAAAAUAUAAAUGCUCUAUUAAUGUCGAAGUAGGGAGAAAAAAACCCCAAACAAUUCACCAAUCCUCUCUCCAUAUCAAGCUAAACUACUCCUGAAGGCGUUUUUGGCGAGAGGCCACAGCACAGAUGAGAUUGAUGGCUUCCAGGUAUAAAUAUUUACUGUUUGACCUUGUUAUUGUUCAGUCAGCCAAAGGUUUUUACAUAUAUAUAUGCAUGUAUAUAUUUAUGCUCACAAACUCUUUCAAUCUAAAAGUCAAACCUCCUUCUCUUUGAAACAGAAAAUGGCCACUUUCAAUUAUUUUACUUCCCUCUCCUUGUCUUUGCUAAAUCAUCUGGAAGGAGGUGCAUCCCUCUCCGCUGGUGCUCGGAUGGCUUUGGGAGGCACAGGGAACAAAGGGAGCAGGGGAGAAGAGCCUCUCUCCGCGCCGGGGUCUCGGCGCAGGCUUGCUGCCUGGACCAAGGUCACUGCUUUCAGGAAAACAUAGUUCCAAAUAUCACAACUUUUCUAACACAGCCCUUCUCCUGCCCCGGACAGUAGGGUGUUCCCAGGAAGGCAGCAUGGCUUUUCAACAGCUGAAUGCCGUAAGCAAUUAGUCCUCACCCCGUAGCACAGCCAGGGAACGUGUAGCUGAGCAUUGCAAAGGGAUGUGAGGUCUCCAACCUGAGCCUGCUUCAGGAGGGAGCACAAAACCUGGUGGGAUCCAUUCCAGCUGUCCCUGGGCAGAGGAACACCACAGGUAGGAGCUGCACUUCAGCUUGGGUUCUUCUGCGAAUGAAAGGGAAAUGCUGGCGCUUGGCCACUGCUUGCUGCUCGUCCAGGUGGGAUGUGCUGAUACGUGACCAUGUGCUAAUUUGUGGGAGGGGUCAGCAAAAGCGUAGGCCUUUGCUGCUGCUGUGUCCUGGACCCGCACCUGACCUCACCUCAGCACAAGCAGGACCGAAGACAGAUGCCGGGCAGCCCAUGAGCAGUGGGGCCACGGCGAGUGAGUGAUGUGCAGCCCCUUACUGUCACCCCUUUUGUCUCGCUGUCUUAGCAGAAACGUUUAGGUGGUGAUCCUGCAACUGCACUCGUAGCGCCUGUAUUCCCUUCUCUGCUGCUGGAGAAAGGCUCUCGUGGUCAGCGGCGAUCACCACCUGUGUCUUGUGGUGUCCCAGCCAUGAGAAAGAAGGACGUCGCCACCCAUAAGCAAACAAAGCCAGCUCUCUUUCUGGCUUUAUUCCUGCUUCCCACCAUGGGAAUCUGUGCUGCUUUAAACAGCAGAGAGCCUUGGGCUUGGAUUAGUCCUAAUAUUUGACCUGUCAUCCUCCACCACAAGUGGGAGCUCAUGAAGCUCUAGGACAGAAGAUGAUGUUCUAGUUACCCUUUCCUGUUCUCCACUGUCCCAGUCCCCACCAGUGCAGAUCUCUUCUGUACACAGCUUUAGCCAUCCCAUCUUCCUAGAGAGGGAAGCCUGGUCCCAGGUUUGCUACGUGAGCCAGGAUGCUCCCACAGUCUUUGAAGGCUCUUGGCUCUUCUCUUCAGUCCUGCUUGAAGGUCCUGUCAACUUGAUAAGUCCAUUGGCUCCUGUUGCGCUGCUAGCAGCGCUCUCUUUCUCCUGAAAAGUCUGAUUCCUCCCGUCUUUUUGCAGGGCACCCAUCAAACAUAAUGUCAAUCAUAGAUCGAACAAUUUGAUUUUUGCAACCACAAAAAAGUAGGGGCAGGGUUGGGAAACCUGAGUCAUUGCCACGUUGCCUUUGCCAGGCUGUAUUUAGAGUUGAAGGGCUCCUCUUGGUUGUCACGAGGGAGCUUCUCAGCCCACCAGAUCUAGUCAGGUGGCCACAAGUAUCCCGUCAUCAACUAGAUUUUCACUGUCAACGGACUUGGGGAUAGCCACAGGUGAAUGUCCUAUCUGAAGGUGAGGGCACCUGCUGCUUCUUUAGCUGCAGCCGUGGUGCCCAGGGUGGGGGAGGGCUGCGUUCGCAUCACGCUAGGGCAGCCCAUCGUGGGAAGGAGCACACCGCAACAAAUCGCCAGAGAAUCUGCCCAUUUUCACUGCCUCAGGUUCAGUCUGAGCCCCGGUAUGUCUUCUGCUGUGUUUUCCAUGUUGUGAGACUCUCUUUACUCCGCUAUGAGAAAGAAUCUAGCCGGCAGCAGUUUAAUGCAUGACAAUCCUGUUAUUACAGCUGUAAAUAAUUAACAACUAGAAAAAAAAUGCGUUUUUUAAAAUUUUUUGUUGACUUUAUUUUCUCUAUUGACUAGCUGGUAGCCACUUUCUUAAGGGAUUUCUCACGGAAACUGUGACCUUUCUUCUCUCUGUUUCUCUCUCUCUCACUUUCUUUCUCUUUCCAAGAUUUGUGUUUCAAAUGCUUUUUGGUGCAAUGUUCAAUGCCUGUUUGUAUUUUUGAAUCGUAUUUUUCAACCUUUGCCGGAAAAAAAAAAAAAUUUAAAAAAUUGCCCAUUCUAAUUGGCAGGAUUUUGAGUCCUGCGAUUUUUUUCAGCUUUUAGCUUUUUCAAUAAGUUAAAGCAACAGAAAAAUGUCUCCAAAAAUUGCAGUGAAGUUCUGAAGAGAGAUUAGAAAACAUCAGAAAUGAGAACUACAUGAAUAAGAUCAGCAAGCUGAGUGGAGGAGGAGGACUCUUCUAACCACCUACUAACCUCCUGAUCUAACACACAAGGCGGGACUAGACCUCUUCACUGAAUUAAAUCACUCCGCUUUUCCACUCUACCCACUCUCUCGAGCUCCGAUCAA